AUGUCGCACAGCGACUCUUUCUUCUCGUCUGGAGGCCGUCCCGCCCCAAAUUUGGGUAUAUAUGCACGCGUUGUGCACAAUGAGGGGGAUGCAAAAGCUGGCUUCAAGUACUUCUCAUAUUUGAUCAAUGGUUGCUUGGGUCUGCAAAUUGUGGUCGCAGCAGCAUUGACAGCUCUGGGAGCAGCUGGAGGCAGUCGAGGAGCAGUCACGGUUUUCGGUGCUAUCAAUACUGUCAUCGCGGGAAUUUUGACUUUUCUCAAGGGGUCAGGUCUGCCAAAUCGAUUCAAAUACUAUCAGACUGAGUGGAAGCGAGUACGCGAGUUUAUCGAACAACGGGAACGAGACUUCAGUCGACCAACUUGCGAUCUGGACGUAUAUGGCGUUGUAGCAAUUGUCGAGUCCAUGUACGAGGAGGUGAAGCUUGAUUUGGAAGCUAGCCAA